GAUGUCCCGUGUCUGUACCUUUCCAGAGAUGAACUGACUCAGGUGUGGGUCAGUAGGGUCUGAUGAGGAGAUAUGGGAGACGGACAGUCAGAGAUGUGUAAAGCGCACACCCUGUUCGAUGCCUUUGUGCAGGCCGCUACGUGCAGGGAAACUCUUAAGGCGUUUGAAGAACUGUGCAAUGAACUCAAUCUUUAUCCUAGUGGGCAGUCUCAGUUCUACCACACACUGAGGAACAAACUGCAUUACUGGAAAGCCAAAGCAUUAUGGGCCAAACUGGACAAACGUGCCAGCCAAAAAGAGUACAUGAGAGGCCAUGCUUGCACUAACACCACGUGUCUGAUCAUAGGAGCGAGGCCGUGUGGAUUGAGGACAGCUAUAGAUUUCUUGGGUGCUCGAGUGGUUCUGGUGGAAAAGAGAGACGCUUUCUCGAGAAACAAUGUACUGCACUGGCCCUUCACCAUACAGGACCUUCGUGGUCUCGGGGCAAAAAAGUUUUAUGGAAAGUUCUGUGCUGGAGCCAUAGACCACAUCAGUAUUCGACAGCUGCAGCUGAUGCUGUUAAAAUUUGCCUUGUUAUUGGGUGUGGAGAUUCAUGUGAAUGUGGAGUUCAAACAUCUGUUGGAACCUCCAGAGAAUCAGGACAACCAAAGGCUUGGUUGGAGAGCAGAGGUAAACCCUCAGUUUCAUCCGUUCAGACAGGUGGAGUUUGACGUGGUUAUCGGAGCAGAUGGAAGAAGAAACAUUUUACCAGGUUUCAGCAUCAAUGUUGCUACCCACACAGCAAAAGGACUCCGUGGCGGAUCAGCCGCGGAGGUAUCGCGGCUUCCGGAACGGACCCGCGAAACGGACACGCGUCCACUUGCGCGCAGUGACGGAUCCGCAAUGAAGGCGGAUCGCGGACCCGCCGUGGCCUCGCGCUGCAUCCGCUCCGCAUCCGUGGCGCAAAUUGCUCCGGGAGUCCGGGACGGAUCCGCAACGGAUGCAGACCGGAGCUACUGACUUCCCAGCAAGCAAUAGCCGUCAUUUCAACGUCUCGUUUCAGUAUAGACCCGAUAUAGCCUGGGCUGUGCCUAGCCCACUUCUAGCCCAAAUAAACUUUAAUUUGGUUACAUGUGGUUUUUGACAAAAUAAUUUGUGAGAUUUCAUCACGUAAGCAAAGUUAACAGCGAUUACAAGGUAUUUCGUUUCAUUUCUUUAAAGUGUUUUAUGCAUCGUCUGUACGUGGAUACAAUUUAGCUCAUAAAUAGACCGACUACGAAUAAACUAGUGAUGCAAAGUCCGAUUCAUUUUCGCGAACCGGCUCUUUUCGGACAGUUCGGCUCAUUGAACCGGUUCAAAAAGCCGAUUCACCGGUUCCUGACGUCAUCAAGAAAUGACAUUACUAUACGCAUUUAUUGUAUCAAUGAAACAUUCAAAUAAAGUCGUUUGUGUCAACACAUUAAAACAUUUAAAUAAACAGUUGUUUUUGUGAAGGCAUAGGUGAUUUAUUGCCUUGCAUUCACAAGUUAGUAAUGUUUGUGGUCACAGUUUAAAUCGCGGAUCAUAAAUAAUAAAUAAAUAUUAAAUGCCAGAUAUAACUGACCAGUUUUGACAAGCCUACAACUUGAAUAAGAUUCCUAAUGAUGCGGAUGUGUGUAAGUAUAAAUAAUAAAUAAACUUGUGUGUUAAACUCAUUGGUCUUCCUUAAACAACUACAAUAUGAUUUGCAUGCAAAAUAAAUCGUAUCAAAACCAAUAAAACAAGCAUAUCAAGAAACUAAUAAAACAAAAAACUUCGCAAAUCAGGCUCGUUCAAAUCCUUGGUGAUUCACACGCAGUGUCAGCAACUCAUUCAUGAGAACCCUCACGAAAAUUAACCAUGGUUUUACUACAGUUAAAACCAAAAAACCAUGGUUACUGUAGUAAAACCAUGGUAACCACAAAAUAACCAUGGUGUUGACAACCAUGAUUUUCAAAAACCAUAGUUAAACCAUGGUUAGUGUAGUAAAACCAUGGUUUUGCUGAUAGUAAUCAAUGCACCAAAAAACCAUGGUUACUACACUUUUACCACAAUAAAACCAUGGUUAAUUUUCGUAAGGGAAUCGUCGGCAAUCCUCGCCUCGGCAAUCAUCGACAAACUUCGUUCGGUUCUAAGAGUCCGACGUGCUAUUUCGGCUGUGCGUCCUGCGUCAUCAACCCGGAACCUGUGCCCAAAACUAAAGUUCGAUUCAGUUCGAUUUGCGAACCGGCUCGACCGGUUACUUCCUGAGAACCGGCUCAAAAGAACGAUUCGUUCAAGAACCUAACAUCACUAGAAUCAACCACGUUUAGCCCAGAAAUAACCAUGAAUUUAAUUACAUGUUGUUUUGCCAAAAUGAUUUGUGAGAUGUAUGAUAUUAAAGGUGCUCUAAGCGAAUUGAAGCGUUUUAGACCAUAAAACAUUUUUUGUUACAUACCGGAAACAUCUCCUCACUAUCUGCUUGCUGCCUGUCCGCUGAUCAAACUGUAAAAAAACGCGAUCUCUGUAGACAGCCCAGGCUUCACAAACGGCAAUAUCAACAAAUGGCCAAACCUAGCUCACAAAACAAAACAAAGUAUUCCAGCCAAUAAACGACAAGAAGGAUUUGGGGGUGGGGGU